UGUGAUUCAACCUAUAUCCUGGUUUCAUUUUGUGAAAGUGUGUCUGCAUAUACAGGUGUGGGCCUGCUGGCACUAACUUGCGCAGGUAUGAAGAGAAACCCAGCUCAGUCCUGAGCCAGGAGGGAAACUCCAGCACUUCUGGGACCAAAAACAAUUCACUUCUCUCAAAAUCAAGGCGGAAGUCAUUCAAAGAUUCACCUGGACAAAGAGCUUUGGAAUAAGACACCCUGGGAUCGAGGAGAGGCUGUCUUGGAAGGAGAAACACAGAGAGGAGAAUACUUCAGAAUGUGAAAUAACCCGGAGGAGAUUCUUCGCCUGCGGUUCGACCGAUGGGUCUGGGAUUCUAAUGUGGCAUUUCAGGCUCUGGGAUGUACAAGAUGUUGCUGUGUUUCUCAGCAUCACAUUAUAUAUGUGUCACCUAGCUGGAGCCAUCUCCAUUCACUCUCCCCAGAGGAGCCUGACCCGCUCAGUGCAGGAGGAUGUGUUUUUCUCACUGGAAGUUUCCUGCGACGGGACCCCCACCAUACAAUGGACCUUUAUGUCAGGAGCGGUGAGCCGCACCAUAGGCACCUGGCAGCCGGGGGGGUACACCAACAUCACGGAGGACUACAGCGGCAGAGUGCAGGCCUUCAACAACGGCUCCAUGGGGCUGUCGGACCUGCGGCUGCAGGACGCGGGGCACUACGUGGUCACUGUCACAGAAACAGCAGGAAGCAGCAAGGACACUGGCUUUGUCCUGAAGGUGAAUGAGGUGCUGUACGAGGACCUGCAGUACCUCUCUGUCUCAGCCCUGGCUCUGGCCUGUGUGGCUGCUCUUCUCAUGCUGAGUACCUGGCUGCUGGACAAGGCCUACAGGAGGAUAGUGGCAUGGAGACGAAGGAAACAGAUGCCAGAAAAUGAUGCCACAGAGCUGCAGCCUCUUUGAUGGACGUCUGCACCGCCGGAAGAAACUACACACUGUUCACUUAACACAAGAGUUAUUUUUAAAGUUAGAUGUAAAUAAAAUGUAUCUUAUUUUUUUCUGUUGAACAUGUUACUUACACAGAGGAAGGCAGUUUAAUUAUGAAAACUGUGUACCAUGUUUACAUUUGUAUUGAAUGCACAUGCUUUACAGCUGAUAACACUGGAUGAAUGUAAAUAUAUCCCUCAUGAUAUUGGAAAACAAUACAUACUGUAUUUAUUGUCUAAACAA